AUGGGUAUGGUUGUUGAAGGGAUGCAAUUGAGGAGCAGCAGCACGGACUUUCAGGCUGUUGAGACUCCUCAGCCACCAGGGCAGGCAUACUUCAGCAGCAGCAGCAGCAGCAGCAGCAGCAUGCUUGAAAGUGCCCUUGAGACCACCUCAGAGCCGGCAGAGCAGGCCUUCAGCAGCAGCAGCAACAGCAGCAGCAUGCUUGAAAACUUGAUUGAGACAACUCCUCAGGAACCAGAGCAAGCAUUAUUCAGCAGCAGCAGUAGUACCAGCAUGCUGGGAAAUGCCCUUGAGACCACCUCAGAGACAGCAGAGCAGGCCUUCAGCAGCAGCAGCAGCAGCAGCGUACCUGAGACUACCACUAGUCCCCUUCCUGCUCCUGCAUACAGCUCAACAACUGCACAGAGAGCUUCGGGCACGAUCUCAACCACCUCAAGACAUCAGCAUGACAGCAGCUCCUCCACCAGUGCGACUGAAGUUGGGAUGAAAAGCACUGCCACUGUGCUGCAAGACUAUCUUAGCACUUCAACGAACAUCUCGGAUGCUCAUCAGUUGUCCUCUGCUUUUGUGAAUCCCGAGCAGACGCCGACGUUGUUGCUGGAAUGGUCUUCUAGCAUUACCUCGUUCUCAACAUCUCGGGAACUCGCAGCAGAAAUUCAGGUGAUCAGUACCUCGCCGGUUCAAGUCGCGCAACCAGCUCCCAGCCCUCCUGAGACAGCCAAGGUGGUAAUCUCAGUCAUACUGCCAUUGACCGUCGAGGAGUUUUCAAAGGUGCAGGGCUCAUACCUGCAAUCAGUCGCGGCUGCAGCUCGAGUCUCUGUUGACAUGGUCGAGAUCGUUGAAGUCAAGUCAGUCAGCCUGCGGCGGAGCGGGGACCGCUCUCUGCUCGCGCAGGGUGUCAGUGUUCUUACCAGUAUCACCGUUCCCAAGACCGAGAUGAGCAGACUUGUAUCAGAUGUUCAGCUGGGGGCUCUCAAUGCUGAGCUGAUCAAGAAUGGCCUGCCUCCCGCAUCACAGCUGGUGAUGGUGGAGGCGGGGGCAUUGGUGCUGACUACCACUCCUCCACCACAAGGGCCCAACCAACUCGUGCUUGGCAUCGUUGCUGCAAGUUCGUUGCUAGCAAGUUUCGUCCUGGUGUUCUCGUUCAAGAGCGUUUAUAACAAAAGGGCCGAGUGGAAGAGUGUGAAGAUUAUUCCACUUGACAAUGGGGAGAGUGAGGAAGAAUCCGGGAGGACACGCCCGAAGGACAUCACAGCUGGACAGGAACUGGAGACAGUCACCGUCGAUAAAGUCACUCCAAUGGGAGUCUCAGUACACGAGCGGCCGUCGCUGACAAGCCCUGUCAUCUAUUGGUUAGAGUACGGGAGCUGCGUCUUUGAGCUUGGGAGACAUGCUGACCCCAUGGGAGGGUCUUGGAUCAGACAUGAGAGAGGAUGGUCCCUCCCUCCGCACCCUACAGCCUUGCGCACCAUCGUCGUGAGGCAUGCUGCUGACCAUAGUCGUCGUAGAGUAUCCAUGAGACGCGCAAGAUUGAAGCCUUUGCCGGACCUGUUGUCAGAUGCUGGGCAGUCAGCUGGAGGAGGCGUCGAGGAAAUCGAGUCUCCUAGACAUCAGAUGGUGAUCUCACCUACCGAGACCAACGGACGAGCAGAUUCAAAACCAGGAAACUUGUCGCACGUGCGGAGACGCCGUGAGUUGACAUGGAAGGCUCUCCCGGAUCCCAACGUGCUGCUGGUGGAGGGUGACACAGACGACAGCGUGAGAGAGUCCAGUAGGGAAAAGAGCCCCUUGCCAAAGUCUCGCCUGAAAGCCCUCCCGGACCCUCUGAGUCCGAGAGGAGACGAUGAGCUUCAAGAUCAGCAUCCACUCACUCCAGUCAGCCAGGGGCAGCUCGACCAAGGGGAGAACGAGCAUGAGCUGUCUGGAGAGCUCGAUCCCGUCGUAGGCUUCGAUCCUUGCCGUCACUUCUGCCCGCCUCUCGGCGGCCAGUAUCUUCCUGACAUGUGUUACUACACCUAUUUUCCCGAAAGUUUGUCGUACGAAGAGGAAGCAGAAAGAGUAGGUCCUCGUCUAUUUUCGGCUGCCAUGGCGUUGUUGGUCGACAGAAGGAAUGCGAUGAGCGAGGGGAGGAAGGCAGGGGAGUCCCAUAGUUUGUUCAGGAGGAGAGAGCAGGGCGAGGGCUGGUAUCACGUGACUCCCAAGGGAACGAGACCUGGUGAUCCUGACGCAGCCGUCAACUUGUACUGCAUGCCGACCAUGUCGUUCAAGGGUCCACCAGGGAAGAGAAAGAUUAUUCGCGGAGAUGAUUUUGUGGAGAGAGAGAGAGGAGGAAGUCUUCAAGAGGAGGCGAAAGCAAGACCAUCUCGAGCGCCUACGCUAGAAUCAAACUGCCUCUGGUGGUUGAACCUGACUGCCGCCCUCGUGGUGGUGGGGCUGGUGGCGGCGAUGCUGACAGUUGAGACAUCUCUUCAUCGAGGGCUGUUCAGAACCAUCGCCUUCACUUUCACCAUCCUCGCUGUGCUCUCAUUCAGAAAGUACGGCCAAUGGCGAGUCAUCAUGGCCCGCAACGCCGGGGUUGCGAUCCCGCACAAAAACAACGAGCUUGCGAGCCUGUUGUGGAUAGAGGAGCUGAAUGUUGAGAUCUUGUCCUUGCUGUGCCUCGUCCCUUGCCCCUUGCCCUUGUGGUCUACAGGAGACCACGAGAGCAACUCGGAGGCCUGGCUGAUUCUCGUCAUCCUCGUCCUCCGAACACUCUUUCUGCUUCGAUGCUGCAUACUGAACGACCCCUUGAAUUCCGACGCCAGAAAGUUCUCACGCACCAACUGCGGACUCAGAAAGUACAGGAUUGUGCUGAUCUCUCGCUUCAGGAAGGAUCCAAGGUGGCUGCUGAGCUUGUGGAUGACUUGUUUGUUUGCAUGCUCGUACCUGCUCCAUGCUGCGGAGAAACCUUACGGCUCGUACUUCUCCGACUUCUUCAACUCUCUCGUGUACAUUCUCGGGGUGUUCACCAAGGCUGGUGUUGCGCCUCAACUUCCCGUAACUCGUCUUGGAGGAUCAAUUCUCAUGUUCUCAUGUUUCAUGUCCAUCGUCUUACUUUGCAUAACCUUCAACUUUCUUGUCUGCUUGGUGGAUGUGGAUGACGCUCUUCUGAGGGUUGAACGUGCCCACCACGAAAACAGAAUGAAAUUGUUGCAAAGACUGCAGGCCGUUCGAUGCAUUGAGAUGUUCUAUGUUGCGUCUCCAAUGUACGCUCGUCUCCGCGACAAAGUGGGUCAACGUAUCAAGAAAGAAUCUGAUCGUCGUGCAGUGCAAGGCUUUCAGCUGCAGGGAGAGAUGAGAAGAAGUAGAGACUUGAGGAAUUACUUGAAGAGGUUCCGAUGGAUAGAAAGCGACGAUGAAAUGUUUGCUCUGACGACCAUGAGCGCUGGGAUAGAGAAGAUGAAGGACGUUGUGACCAGCCUCGAGCUGGAUGUAAGAGCAAGGAGAUGA